CUGAGAUGCCGCCGCCGCCGCCGAAGCGCCGGGAAUCCAUGGCCAAGGGGCUGGUGCUGGGCGCGCUGUUCACCAGCUUCCUGCUGCUGCUCUACUCCUACGCCGUCCCCCCGCUGCACGCCGGCCUGGCCUCCGCGACCCCGGAGGCCUCAGCACCCUGCUCCCCGCCCCCAGGUGAGCCAGAGCCGCCCCCGGGGAGCGCCUCCAACGGCUCGGGCGGCUGCCGGCCGCGCCGGGACAUCGUGUUCAUGAAGACGCACAAGACGGCCAGCAGCACGCUGCUCAACAUCCUGUUCCGCUUCGGCCAGAAACACGGGCUGCGCUUCGCCUUCCCCAGCGGCCGCAACGACUUCGACUACCCGGCCUUCUUCGCGCGCAGCCUGGUGCAGGACUACCGGCCCGGCGCCUGCUUCAACAUCAUCUGCAACCACAUGCGCUUCCACUACGACGAGGUGCGCGGCCUGGUGCCGCCCAACGCCACCUUCAUCACGGUGCUGCGCGACCCCGCGCGCCUCUUCGAGUCCUCCUUCCACUACUUCGGGCCCGUGGUGCCGCUCACCUGGAAGCUGUCGGGCGGCGACAAGCUGGCCGAGUUCCUGCGGGACCCCGAGCGCUACUACGACCCCGGCGGCUACAACGCGCACUACCUGCGCAACCUGCUCUUCUUCGACCUGGGCUACGACAGCGGCCUGGACCCGCGCAGCCCGCAGGUGCAGGAGCACAUCCUGGAGGUGGAGCGCCGCUUCCACCUGGUGCUGCUGCAGGAGUACUUCGACGAGUCGCUCGUGCUGCUCAAGGAGCUGCUGUGCUGGGAGCUGGAGGACGUGCUGUACUUCAAGCUCAACGCGCGCCGCGACUCGCCCGUGCCGCGCCUCUCGGGCGAGCUCUACCGCCGCGCCACGGCCUGGAACAUGCUGGACGCGCGCCUCUACCGCCACUUCAACGCCAGCUUCUGGCGCAAGGUGGAGGCCUUCGGGCGCGAGCGCAUGGCGCGCGAGGUGGCCGCGCUGCGCUGCGCCAACGAGCGCAUGCGGCGCCUCUGCAUCGACGGCGGCCAGCCCGUGGACGCCGCCGCCAUCCAGGACGAGGCCAUGCAGCCCUGGCAGCCCCUGGGCGCCAAGUCCAUCCUGGGCUACAACCUCAAGAAGAGCAUCGGGCCCCGGCACGCGCAGCUCUGCCGGCGCAUGCUCACGCCCGAGAUCCAGUACCUGAUGGACCUCGGGGUCAACCUGUGGGUCACCAAGCUCUGGAAGCUCAUCCGCGACUUUCUGCGGUGGUGA